AUGGACUCAGAGCGGGCUCGCUCUUCUUACUCUCUGCCCGACCCUCCUAUCUUCUCCUCUGGCACCUACGUCGUCCAGAUCCCGAAGGACCAAAUCUAUCGUAUUCCUCCCCCUGAAAAUGCCCUUAUCGUCGAGCGUCAUCGUAACCCUUCUGUCGAAUCCUCCCAACAUCGACGCUCUUGUUGUCUCCGCUUCUUCCUCCCCAUCGCCGCCCUCCUCCUCGUCAUCAUUCUCCUAACCGUUCUUCUCCCUCCUCUCCUCGCCUCUCCCAAACCCCCCAUCGUCAAACUCACCACAUUCAAACUCGCUCCUUCUGGCCACGACUUCCACAUCAAACUCAACAUCCAUAACCCUAACUCUGUUGGCUCAAUGUCUUUCAAAUCCCCAUCACAUGCCUUCCUAUCAUUUCGGAAACACGAACUUGCUACUGCGAAAUUCCCGCUCAUCCACCAAGAACAUGGCUCCGAAGAACAUGUCACGCUAUCAUUCCAUGCAAAAUCAUCGUCUUCCUUCCCUAAGGAGUUCAAGCGGCGGAUGGAAGACAAAAAGUCUAAACUCCACGUGGCCAUGUCUUUGAAGAUGAAUCUUCCGACAGAAACAAUAGGUCGCUUAUCGAUGCAUCGAAAUGUCGAAUUUGUUGUUGUUUGUAGUUUCACGGUUAACACGUUGGAAAAAAAUUCAAAGAUAUUGUCGCAUGAUUGCGAAAGCAAACGACAAUGA